AUGAAAGAGAAGUUUUGGGUUGAGUUUGACUUGCUGAUGAUGGAUAUUCCUGACUCAGAAGAGAUAUAUGUGGGUGCAGACUUCAAUGGGCAUGUAGGACAAAGGAAUGAUAGAUAUGAAAGAGUGCAUGGAGGAUAUGGGUUUGGUACUAGAAAUGAGGAAGGUGAAAUGUUGUUGGAAGCUGCUUUAGCGUUUGAUCUAGCAAUAGCUAACACAUUUUUCACUAAACGCAAGGAACAUCUUAUAACAUGCAAAAGUGGAAACUGCAACACCCAGGUGGAUUAUUUUUUGAUCCGACGACAUAAAAUUACUUCUGUUAAAAACUGCAAAAUUAUCCCGGGUGAAUCCUUAGCUCCUCAACACCGUUUAUUAGUAUUGGACUCUAAGCAUUACAUACGCAAACAAACAAGCAAUUCCAAACCGGUCCCGAGAAUAAAAUGGCAUAUGAUUGGGAACACAGAAUGUGGUGAAAAAUUUAGAAAACAAGUAGUAGAUAAAAUGAUAGAAAUGAAAGAUUUGAGUGGACGAACGGUGAAUGAAUGUUGGAAUGAAAUGGCUGAGUGCAUAAGGAAUGUGGCAAAAAGUGUGUUUGGAAUGUCAACGGGAAAGAAAAUUAAAGAUAAAGAAACUUGGUGGUGGAGCGACGACGUUCAAAAAGCGCUUAAAGAAAAGAAAAAGACCUUUAAGAAAUUGCAGAACACAGAUUUCCCAGAUUUGGUGACGAAAGAGAAGUUAAAAACAGCAUAUAAAGAGAGCAAGAGGGCAGCAAAAAAGGCUGUAGCUAUUGCCAGGGCCAAGGCACAGGAUGCAUUGUAUGAGUCACUAGAAAGACCUGAAGGACAAAAACACAUUUAUAGGAUAGCCAAAGCAAGAGAGAAGGAUGGAAGAGAUUUUAACCACAUUAAGUGCGUGAAAGAUAGUGCUGGAAGAGUGUUAACAAAUGAUGAGGAAAUAAGAGAUAGAUGGAAGAGGUAUUUUGAAAGGUUGAUGAAUGAAGAGAAUGACUGGAGUGGUGAACUGCAAAAUGUUCCGAUAAAUACUGGUGUAGUAAGGGAAAUAAGUAUGCAAGAAGUACGAAAGGCUGUACAAGAUAUGAAGAAUGGAAAAUCUACUGGACCAGAUGGUAUUCCAAUAGAAGUGUGGAAGUUUCUGAAAGCGGAUGGAUGCACGUGGCUGACUUUAUUCUUCAAUAAAUUGUUUCAAGAAGAGGCCAUGCCUGACGAGUGGUGCAAAAGUUCACUCGUGCCUGUAUUUAAGAGCAAAGGUGACAUACAGGUAUGCGACAAUUAUAGAGGAAUAAAGCUCAUGUCACAUAGUAUGAAAGCUUGGGAGAAAGUGAUAGCGAGAAGAAUGAGAGAUGAGAGUGAGGUAUCACAGAACCAAUUCGGGUUCAUGCCGGGACGCAGUACAACGGACGCCAUUUUUUCCCUGCGCCAAUUGUGCGAAAAAUAUCGCCGUGCAAGUAAAAAUGUGCACAUGGUGUUUGUUGAUUUAGAAAAGCGUAUGAUAGGGUUCCCCGUGAGGUUUUGUGGUGGAGCAUGA